CCUCCAUCAUUUCCCGGUCUACCUCUCUCUCCUCCAACAUAACCUCCCUCGCUCUCUUUCUCACGCACGUCACCUCUACCGCUCUCGCUCUCUCACUGCCCCAACCACCGCUGUUGCCGAUGACCACCGCUACUCAACUUCGCCGCUUUGGCGUCGCCGCCGUUGCAGCAGCCGGCGCAUACGCUUCGGCCGGGGCUAUCUUUGAUCCAUGCUUUGCAUCCAGCGACAGAGGAGGCGCCUCAUUGGACGUCGUGCGUAAGAAGAUCGCGGAUCCGAAUGCCGUAGUUCCGUCCAGAGCAGUCCAGGAGUCGGCUCUGAUUGGCGCCACCUCUGCUAAUCCUCUCGACAUUCUUGUUGUCGGCGGGGGCGCCACCGGCUGCGGCGUCGCUCUGGACGCCGUGACGAGAGGGCUUCGCGUCGGUCUCGUCGAGAGGGAGGACUUCGCCUCUGGAACGUCCUCAAGGUCUACAAAGUUACUCCAUGGAGGAGUUCGUUACUUGGAGAAAGCUGUCUUUAAUUUGGAUUAUGGGCAAUUGAAGCUAGUAUUUCAUGCGCUUGAGGAGCGUCAGCAAGUUAUUGAGAAUGCUCCACACCUGUGCCAUGCUUUGCCAUGCAUGACACCGUGCUUUAACUGGUUUGAGGUUGUGUACUAUUGGAUGGGCUUGAAAUUAUAUGAUCUGGUCGCAGGGUCACGCCUUCUACAUUUGUCGAGAUAUUAUUCUCUGCAGGAGUCUGUUGAACUCUUUCCCACUCUUGCGAGGAAGGGUAAUGGUAGAAAUUUGAGGGGCACAGUGGUGUAUUAUGAUGGACAGAUGAAUGAUGCACGGUUAAAUGUUGGUUUGGCAUGCACUGCGGCAUUAGCUGGUGCAGCGGUGCUCAACCAUGCUGAAGUGGUAUCCUUUCUUAAAGACAAGGUUAGCGGACGGAUAAUUGGUGCACGAGUUCGUAACAAUCUAUCAGGAAAAGAGUUUGAUACAUAUGCAAAGGUGGUUGUGAACGCGGCUGGCCCAUUUUGUGAUUCUGUGAGGAAAAUGGCUGACAAAAAUGCACAAAAUAUGAUAUGUCCCAGCAGCGGGGUACAUAUUGUACUUCCUGAUUACUAUUCUCCUGAAGGAAUGGGCCUAAUUGUUCCCAAAACUAAGGAUGGUCGUGUUGUGUUCAUGCUGCCAUGGUUGGGCAGAACUGUUGCUGGCACUACAGACUCUAACACUAACAUUACAACACUUCCAGAACCACACGAGGAUGAGAUUCAAUUUAUAUUGGAUGCCAUUUGUGAUUAUCUCAAUGUCAAGGUACGUCGUGUAGAUGUUCUAUCUGCUUGGAGUGGUAUUCGCCCAUUGGCAGUGGAUCCAUCGGCAAAGAACACUGAAAGCAUCUCUAGAGAUCACAUUGUAUGUGAAGAUUACCCAGGUCUGGUGACAAUUACUGGUGGGAAAUGGACAACUUACCGCAGCAUGGCAGAAGAUGCGGUUAACAAUGCUGUGAAGACUGGAAAGCUGAGCCCAACCAAUCAGUGCUCAACUAACAGUUUGCGGAUUUUUGGCGGUGAUGGAUGGGAUCCUGCAUCUUUUACAAUUCUUGCUCAACAAUAUGUACGUAUGAAAAAGACAUAUAAUGGUGAAGUUGUUCCUGGGGUAAUGGACACUGCUGCAGCUAAGCAUUUAUCUCGUGCCUAUGGUACAUUGGCUGAACGAGUUGCUGCCAUUGCUCAGAAUGAGAGUCUGGGGAAACGGCUUGCUCACGGCUACCCUUUUCUAGAGGCUGAGGUUGCAUAUUGUGCUCGGCAGGAGUACUGUGAGUCUGCCAUUGAUUUCGUUGCUAGGAGGUGUCGGCUUGCUUUCCUUGAUACUGAUGCGGCGGCAAGGGCGUUGCCACGCAUAAUUGAGAUACUAGCUGCUGAACACAACUGGGACAAGUCAAGGCAACAGCAAGAGACAGAGACUGCCAAAGAAUUUUUGAGUACUUUUAAAGCGUCAGAAAAUGCCCAUUUCCAUGAUGGAAAGCACAACUAGUGAGUGAUACAACCUUAUAUUAUUUAAAUGUCAACCAAUGUUCUCCAGUUGUUUUAUUCUGAGAACAUCUAUUAUAUAGAAAUUCCAUCUCAUUGUUUUUUGAUAAUUUGUGGCUGCGUUUUAGGUUCCAUGGACAUGGAUGAGUAGGAUCCAUCUAUGUGGGCUAUAUUUAUUUUUCGGUAUUUCACUCUCUGCAUCAAGAAUCCGAGCUUACUCUGAUCCAAAGAGAAUCUAUCAUUCAUUCUUUUUUCCUUCCUUUUUUGAGGUUUUGAUUUUUUCAAGUUCGUUCAGCAGGUUGGUACAGCCAGUAUCCGUGGUUAUACGAGUCACAUGCUCAAAUAAUGUUUAAUUCACGAUCAAUUGUUCCCAUAUGCUGUAGCCCUUCUUUUGCAAGGUGUCUGGCAAUAAGUCCUAAAUAUACAGCAUAGGUAUUGGGAUUAAUGCCUUAUGUUCAUGUGAUGAUUGUACAUGUAGUUCUAUCAUUAACUUUUCAAUCACAUGCUAAUCCAAAUAUUUGUAACAGUUUACAUACACAAAUAAGUUUUAAUGCAUAGCUGGCGGGAUUAAUUUUGUUUAUCA